AUGUCCCCCCGCGAGGUUUUCGGUGUGCUGGCUGUGCUGGAACUCGACCACGUGUCCCCCAGCUCUGGGAUGCUGAUUUGGGGCUGGGAACCCGAUCCCCUGGUGCAGGGUUCCUGCACGGUGCCUGCUUCCCACCUGGUGUCACCGACAUCCCACCCGAACGUGUCACCGUGGGAGCUGCGGGGUGCCAGCGGGGACAAAGUCAUCGGGGGACACGGGGAUUUCCCCCGCUCCUCUCCAGCAGCUACAGGCAGGGACCCGCCAUCUCUCGGAGACCCUGAGUGUGACAACACAGCCCAAGGACCCCCGAGCCACGGAGGGCCCCGGCCGCCCACGGCCCCGGGAACGGCCCCGCUGCGGGACGAGGGUCCCGACUACAGCAUCUCGGCAGAAUCUCCAGCUCAGGUUGUGCCGUGCUGGAUACGGCAUCUCCAUGGAAACCCCCGGCUCGGGCGGUGCGGGCUUGGGAGAUGCCAUCUCCACGGAAACCGCUGCGGCGCCCGGAUGCAGCCGGGAUGCGCCGGGCACCGGCCCCGGGGCAGCGCGGCCGGCCCUGCCCCGCUGCGCUCCGCCCGUGAGCCGGCCCGGGCCCGGAUUAGCCCCCGCUCCCCGCUGGCACCGGGAGCAGAGCGGCCGCCCUCGCCGCGGCUCCGGCUCCGUAAGCCCGGCUUUGACGUAGCCCGGAAAGCAACACAAGCGCGGCCCCAUCACGGGCCAGCCCCGUCUGACCCCCCCGCCCCGGGCGGGUUCUUCUGGUGCUGCAGGGGCCGGAGGCUCUCGGGAUGGGUCCCCGGCAAAGCCCCGACACCCACGGCCCCCGGCCCCACGGCAGCCCGCGGUCCCCUCCCAGCCCAGGAGGAGCCAGCAGAGGCCGGAGCCCGGAGGCAGCCGCAGGAUGGCCGCGGUCAGCACGGGGGGUGCCCGUGGUCAGCACCGGGGGGUGCCCGCGGUCAGCACCGGGGGGUGCCCGUGGUCAGCACCGGGGGGUGCCCGUGGUCAGCACCGGGCGUGCCCCCGGUCAGCACGGGAGAUGCCCGCACCCCGGCCCCACAGAACGACCCCCGGGCCCCGGCCUGA